AUACGGAUCAGCGAUUUUGAUGACCUCAUUCUGCACUUCAGCUACUCAUCAGAGUUUCUGUCCAAUCAAUUGCUCUCUAGAAUCUGACGUGUCCCGCCCUCAACAUUAUAAAAAUCACCUUGGCGAAGUUGCCAUUGUUGAGCGAGAGAAAUCAGCAAGCACGGGUCAUAAAUGUGUCUUUGGCUGUUCGGACUUGGAGGUUUUGUUCGGUUUUCCACCUGUAAAUAGGUUAGAAGUGAAUCCAACGCAUUGUUGUUGUGGUUGUUGUUACUGUCAAGUACGACUUAGACCGGGCUGUGAGUUCGAGCCAGAGUCAUAUUCAGAACAUGCGGACGAUCGAGUGGAACCAAAUUUGCAAACACGACUUGAGCAGAAUGUUUCACAGUGGUCAUCAUCUCAGAUGGAGAGUUCCGGGGAGGCGAGCUGGAUGCUGAAGCCGGAGACGGGCUGCACAUCCUGCGGCGGAAAGGAGCCUCCCGUUACUGGGAAAGCUUUCCGUAAUAAACCAAAAGCCAGGAGCAUGUCCACCUCAGCUGUGCCCAGUUGUGCAGAGUUCAGGCGGACCCAGUCGCUGCAUGGACCAAGUCCAGUGACCACAUUUGGGCCUAAAGCUUGUAUGAUGAAGAACCCAAAAGCAGUGAUGCAUAUCCAGGACCCAGCGAGUCAAAGGUUAACCUGGAACAAGCCACCCAAAAGUGUCCUUGUAAUUAAAAAGAUUCAGGAUGUUAGUCUUCUGCAGCCUUUUAAAGAGCUUUGCAUCUUCCUCACAGAGGAGAAAAACAUGAUCGUUUACGUGGAGAGGAAAGUCCUGGAGGACCCCGCCAUUGCUAACGACGAGAGCUUUGUGGCCGUGAAAAAGAGUUUUUGCACUUUUAGAGAAGAUUAUGACGACAUCUCCAAUCGGGUAGACUUCAUCAUUUGUUUGGGAGGAGAUGGAACUUUGCUGUAUGCUUCCUCCCUCUUCCAGGAGAGCGUUCCUCCAGUUAUGCCCUUUCAUUUGGGCUCUCUGGGCUUUCUGACACCUUUUAACUUCGACACCUACCAAUCUCAGGUUACACAGGUUAUUGAAGGCAACGCAGCCAUAAUCCUGCGGAGUCGACUGAAGGUAAAGGUGGUGAAAGAGAACUGGGAGAAAACCAGACCAAAAGAGAAAAAUACAAUCGUCGCAAACGAGUCAGGCCGCAGAACUAUGCAAUAUCAAGUGCUAAAUGAGGUUGUUGUGGACCGAGGUCCCUCCUCCUACCUCUCUAACGUUGAUCUUUUCCUGGAUGGUCACCUGAUCACUACUGUACAAGGCGAUGGCGUGAUCGUGUCCACGCCGACAGGCAGUACUGCGUACGCCGUAGCAGCAGGAGCCUCCAUGAUCCACCCCAACGUCCCAGCCAUCAUGAUCACCCCCAUCUGUCCUCACUCGCUCUCUUUCAGACCCAUAGUAGUCCCUGCUGGCGUCGAGCUCAAGAUUAUGCUAUCAUGUGAGGCCAGAAACAAUGCAUGGGUUUCCUUUGAUGGGAGGAAACGGCAGGAGAUUGGACAUGGAGACAGCAUCACCAUCACCACGUCGUGCUUCCCCGUCCCAUCCAUCUGUUUCCGGGACCCAGUGAACGACUGGUUUGAAAGUCUGGCUGAGUGUUUGCAUUGGAACGUGCGCAAGAAGCAGAGCCACCUGAGCUCAGAGGAAGAGGAGUUUUGAGCAUUUCCUCAGAAGCACUUUUGUUUCGUUUUUCUUCUUUUCUUUUUUUUUUUUAUGCCUCUCUGGGACAUGACAUCCCACUUUUGACCACAGACUUUUGUGAAGCUGUUGCUUCUUGGUCAAUUUUGUGUGCUAGUAACCAUUUUAAAAAAAAAUAAUAAUAAUUAAAAUAUACAAUUCUAAUUUGUAGAUGGUGUAUGACAUAACGGUCAUAAAGUGCCAGGAAUAUUUCAAAGUAGUUUCAUGAUGACGCACUAUGAGGAGUUCGAGUGAAACAUCAGGUCUUGUUAGCUCGUGCAUGAGGAGCAUUUAAGCACCACAGCAAUAACUGGAUAUCAAUCAGAAUCGUGCCUUAAAUUACAUAGAAUGUUAGAAAUCCUUCAUGGGGUGUGUAACGACGUUUUACAUUUGUGUAUCAUAGUUAUAGAUAUUCUAUAAAUAAAUGUCAGGCCAGAGGGACUCAUUUGUGCAGAGCCCUGCACAAACAUAAAAGCUAGUACAUUCAUAUUUUAGUAUAUUUUGAUCUAAGAAACUACUGUUUAAUUUUACGAGUCUUUCAGGUAAACAUCCACCAUGAAGUAUUUGAUUCCUAAGAUCAUAGUUCAUUCCAGGUCUGUUGGGACCACUGUUUCUUUUUUUUCUUUUUUUCCCCCCAGAUUUAAGGUUUUGAGCAAUAUUUUAUUAAGGAAUUCUGGCUAUCGGUUAUUGUUGUCCCAUUCCAUCACCUUUUUGAGUUUCUAGUUAUUUAUGUAUAUUGAGUGUUCAGCAGCGUGCCGUUUCAAGUGUCCUUCUCACUGAACUUUAGCUUUACGUGUCAGAAUAUUUAACAGGCUUCUUUACCACCGAAAGACUUCUCGAAAGGACUUAUUUCAUGUUACUAUGUUGCUCUUCGUGCAGUCAUGUGCACUUGGUCCAGUUUACUACAAUAUUAUGGCUAUCGGAGGUCAAUUCAGCCACUUGUGCCCUGGUAUAAAAGACGAGAAAACGAGGAAAAAUCUGUUUACAUUCAUUCUCCCUCUCGGACACGACUGAUCUUUUUUUAUUUAAUCAUCGUUCAGAUAAUGUAAGAAGAAACUUGCAUUGUCAUUAAUAAUGUCAUAUUUAUGUCCUCUACCUGUUAAAUAGCUUCGGUAAGUAAUGUGUUGUCCUGGUAUAUGUUACUUUGGAGCCACCAUCUUUAUUAUCAUGAAUUCAUGUUCUCUUACCUUUUUUGACCCACUGUAUAACCAGGUGAAGUAAAGCAAAAUGUCCAGUCUUAAUUACUCUCAGUGACAUAAUUUAUACAGUUGAUCAUCUGUGAGUGAGUAGAUACAACGCUCAGGAGAGAAUUCAUUCGGCAAAGCCGAGGUGGCAGCGUAAUGAGGGGUCUUAUUCUUUCUUUCAAAUCUGCUUAAGACGUGACUAAUUAAAACAUUACGUGUGUUUUUGUUGGAAUUGUCUAAAUCCUUUCACGCAACCCUUUUCAUCAGGUUAAUUUUUUUUAUUUUACACACUUUUUUGUAAUGUAUCUUUUCAGAACGUAUUCUAAAUGGGUCUUGAAUUUUUUUUUUUUUGUAUAGCACUUUAAUAAAUGAUCUACAGCUGAUCAAACUCUCAGUAAGAUAAAGGUUUGUGUACUGUUGUUUUAUGACCUCGACAUUUAUUACUAAAGCACACUACAGUUGUGGAUUUUAUUUAAGGUUAUAUUUUGUUUUAAAAAAAAAACAAAAAUUAAUAUUACAUGGAUUGAACUGAUUAGUAAUGAUAACUGAGAUCUGUUGGAGAUGCACAGAAGAAAGUCUUAUUUGUCUCACAAUUUUUAUUUUUGUAAAAAUGUUUGGGGACGGUGUGGAGAUUAUGUGCACGUUCUCCCUGUGUUAACAUGGGUUUCCUCUGGGUUCUCCGGUUUCCUUUCACCUCCCAACAAUAUGCCAGUAGGUGGUUUGGUUAUCCUACAGGUGGGAACAGAUCCACCAUGACUAGGAUAAAGGAGUUACUGAAAGUGAGUAAAAGAAAUGACACAUUGGGGGUUUUUUGAGGGCGAGAGAGGGAAAAAAUGUUUAUCACGGCUAUAACAUAAGUGAUCAACUAACUUGUCUCUUGAACCUUCAACAAAGUCCCUGUGAAGUGUCUUAAAACAUGUAGCAUUAUUUGAUAUGUUGGGGUUAUUUCCACUGAAACAGGGUGGGACAUAUCGGGUGGUCCCGCCCCCUUUUUUUAAAUAGCCAAUAGCAUUUAACUUGCCUCACAACCAGGAAACUUACAACUGUUGGGGCAGGACACUUCAGAUUCUGAUGAGAAGUAGAAAUGCAGAAUAUCAAAAUUGUCGAUC